GCUCACCCAAUCAACAACAACGUAAAUCAGCUGGGCCAUUAUUCAAAAUCACGCACGCUACUACACGAAAGCCGACCAUUAAAAUUUUCGAAUGUUGACAUCGACUCUACUCCAAACGCCAAGAUGCCAUCAAAACUGAGUGAUUAUGAUAUUUUAUACACGAUUGGGAGUGGCUCAUAUGGAAAAUGUAGAAAAGUACGUCGAAAAAGCGACGGAAAAAUUCUCGUUUCCAAAGAAAUUGACUAUGGCACCAUGGGCGAAGUUGAGAAACAGAUGCUUGUGUCAGAAGUCAACUUGCUGAGGGAGCUCAAGCACGAGUUCAUUGUGCGCUACUAUGAUAGGAUUGUAGACCGCGCCACCUCUACCAUCUACAUCAUUAUGGAGUAUUGCGAAGGUGGUGAUCUUGGCAGUCUCAUAUCAAAGUGCAAGAAAGACAGAAAAUUCUUGGAGGAGAGCUUUGCGUGGAAGAUUUUCCAGCAGCUGACCAUUGCCUUGCAGGAGUGCCAUAGGAGGGGUAAAGGUCGUGCCAUCCUUCAUCGAGACUUGAAGCCAGCCAAUGUAUUCCUGGAUGCAGAUCACAAUGUGAAGCUUGGUGACUUCGGCCUGGCUAGGGUCCUUCAGCACGAUACCAGUUUCGCUAAGACGUUUGUGGGGACACCAUACUACAUGUCACCAGAACAGAUGAACAGACUGUCAUACAAUGACAAAUCAGAUAUUUGGUCCCUCGGUUGUUUGCUGUAUGAGCUUUGUUCACUCAGUCCCCCAUUCACUGCCACCAACCAAGCUGCUCUUGCUGUGAAGAUCAAGGGCGGUCAUUUCCGUAGAUUGCCAGUGCAAUAUUCAUCUGAUCUCAAUGAGAUUGUAUCCAGUAUGCUCAAAGUAAAGCCUUCAUCAAGACCUUCGAUAGAUGAACUCCUGGCAGAUCCAAGACUGUCACCUCCACCUUCCCAGGUUUCCUCGGCAGAAGCGCCUAAGGAAGCAGAGGUGGAUCUCCUGAAGAAGGAGAGGGAAGCCUUGCUGGCCCGGGAGGAGAGCCUCAAGCUCAAGGAGAGGAACGCUGACAAGAGGACACAGAUGUUGAACGACAGAGAGAAAGAACUGGAUUUGAGGGAGAGAAGCUUGGCAGCUAGGGAGAGGCUAGUGAAGGAUAAGAUGUCAAGGGCAGAAGAACUUAUUGAGGAGCACGAGAAGCAGCAGAAGCAGAUUCCAAAGGUCAUCACCAGAGUGACAGAGCUGCGCAGGCAAAAAGAGUACCUUGAAGGUAUGCACCCAACCACCUUGAAGACCAAGAAGCAUGUUCAUUUCCAGCAAGGGAAGGAAAACAAUCCAGCAUCUCACGAAGGGGAGCCAGCCGUACCGUCGGCUGAUUCUAAGAUGACAAAUUUGAAGGAGCGUCUGUAUCAGGCAAAGUUGAGAGGACUUGCCCUGCGAAAAGCCGAGAUGACUUCAAAACUAAAGAGCAAACAGUUGCUUUCACUAAGAUAACCUGCCAGGAGUGGACUAGAAGAGUUGACAAAAUUUCAGGACACAAACAACUUGUGAUCUUAUCUACCAAGAGGACUGAUAAUGUAAUUUCAGUAGAGCCCCACUGGGCUGUGCAUGGCUAGUUAGAAUGGAUCAUGACAGAAAAGUGACAGAUGGAGUGGAUUAUAGUGCUGCAUGAUUCCUUAUCCAUUCUAGGAUAUAGUUAUAAUAUGCCUGUUUACACAGGAUGUUUAAAACCUCUUCAAACAGCUGCCAUCGCAAUAUGAAAUGGACUAAGCAUAGUUCAUUUCAUAUUUCUGUAGUAUUUGUACAGAUGAGCAAGUACUCUUGAGGGUUGUGUUUUUUGCACAAUUUAGAGAAAAGAGUAUUGUUGUUUAAACUUUCAGGUAUCUCUCUUACAUUCCGUGAAUGAUUUAACUGUAUGUACUUUUAUGACCAUAAAAGAAUGUUAGAUAGUACAUGUAUCUUUUUAAAUAUGCAAGAAAAGUGAACCCCUCCCCCCCCCCCCCCAACAACAACAACAAAUUUAAUCUCGGUAUAAAUCCAAUUUUGAUUGACAUUCAUGAACUACAUGUAGAACAUUUGACAAUGGCAUGUUAUUCAGGUGUGGGCAUGUUUACAUACAAACAUUAAUAUACAAAUGAUGAGUGUGAAUGAGUUCAUUAUAUGAUCUAUUCAUUCUCGAGUUAAGGUAGUCUGCAUCUCGGGCUCGGCAAGAGCAGAUAUGAGACAAUAAACUAAUGAAGAUAUGCAUCACUUUUGUUUUAAACAUUACUUUAGCAUGUUUACUAGAAGCGUAAUGCGCAUGAAUCGUUUGACUUUGACCAAUCAUUUGAUUAGGAUCUAGGAGUGAGUUGUACAACAUUAGUUAUACAUAUUAUGUAGACUACUACAUCCAUUAUCACAGUCACGCCAUAAAUGUUUGAUGUUGAUGUUUUGUGGUGAUUUCAAAGUGUGUGUUUACUGUACACAUAGUACAAUCAUGAAAUACAUGUACAUACAAGAUGUGGCAAAUGAGAACCAUUUAUUUGAAUACUUUUAUUUUAUGUUUUAUGAUCAUGCAUGGCCUUGGUGGCCUUGGAUUAAUUUAAGCCCUGCACUGUACAUGUAACGUACUAGUUAUACAAUCUUAUUGAAAACUGUUAUUAAACAGCAAAGUGAAAAUGGCUGAAACUUUUCUGAAACAUAGGAACACACACAGGUUUCAGCAGGUGUGAUAAAUUUGUCCUGAAUGGCAGAGUAAGAAAAAUCAUGUAAUCAUGGCCAUUUGAGAUACUGUACAAUAGUUUACAUACAUGUACAUACUUUCUUAUGGCAUGCAUGUCCUAGGAUCCUAAUCUUCCAAGAAUGUAUAAUUGUAACCGUCAAUUAUUUUGGUCAUGAGUAAUAGUUUGAAAGGCCUACUUGAACCUAGACUUUUUUUUUGUAAAGCCACCUCAGUUCCAUUAUGGGAAAGGGAUGUUUUUAAACUGCCUGCAAGAUUUGUACACACAAUGGCGUGAAUAACAAAGUGCAGGGUUGUGUUCCCACGAUUAUUUAUUAAACAUUCCAUUUUGGAUCUAGAAUCAGCAAUAUACUUAAGCUGGAAGAGAGAAAGUUUAAUAGGAUUAGGUUUUCCAAGCAUGUAAAUAUACGUGUGGCAUGUUGCAAGUUAUUUUGCAGAUUGGUCCAUGAAUUUUGAAUUAUGAUAUUAAAUUCAAAUUUUGAAUAGGAAAGAUUAA